AGACCUCCUGCUGAGACUAUUGGGUCAAAGGAGAGCAGAGAAUUUGCUGGAGAUAAACCUCUUGAAUGUAAUGGAUAUGGGAAUGCCUUCUGGAGCAAGAAGCAUGUUGCUGUGUGUCAGAUAAUUCGUACUGGAGAUAAUCCUUAUGGACGUAGUGAAUGUGAGAAGGCCUUUAGGAUUAAGUCAGAGUUUACUGUACAUAGGAGAAUUGAUACUGGAGAAAAACCUUAUGAAUGUAGGGAAUGUGGAAAGGCCUUCAGGAGAAAGACACACCUUACAAUGCAUCACAGAAUUCAUACUGGAGAGAAACCUUAUGAAUGUUUUGAAUGUAGAAAGGGCUUUAGGAGUAAAAGACAACUUAAAGUGCAUCAAAGAAUUCAUACUGGAGAAGAUAAACCUUAUGAAUGUAGGGAAUGUGGAAAGGCCUUUAGGAAGAAGAUAUACCUUACAGAGCAUCAGAGAAUUCAUACUGGAGAGAAACCUUAUGAAUGUAGUGGAUGUGGGAAGACCUUCAGGACUAACUCACAACUUAAAGGGCACCAGAAAAUUCUUACUGGAGAGAAACCUUAUGGAUGUAAUGAAUGUGGAAGUGCCUUCAAGAGUAAGUCAGACUUUACUGUGCAUCAGAGAAUUCAUACUGGAGAAAAACCUUAUGAAUGUAGGGAAUGUGAAAAGGCCUUCAGGAGAAAGAUAGACCUUACAGUGCAUCACAGAAUUCAUACUGGAGAGAGACCUUAUGAAUGUAGUGAAUGUGGGAAAGGUUUCCGGAGGAAGAUACACCUUACAGAGCAUCAGAGAAUUCAUACUGGAGAGAAACCUUAUGAAUGUAGUGAAUGUGGGAAGUCCUUCAGGAGAAAGUCAGAGCUUGCUGUGCAUCAGAGAAUUCAUACUGGAGAGAAACCUUAUAAAUGUAUUGAAUGUGAGAAGUCCUUCAGGAGAAAGUCAGGCCUUGCUGUGCAUGACAGAAUUCAUACUGGAGAGAAACCUUAUGAAUGUAGUGGAUGUGGGAAGGCCUUCAGGACUAACUCACAACUUAAAGGGCACCAGAAAAUUCAUAUUUGAGAGAAACCUUAUGAAUGUAGUGAAUGUGGAAGUGCCUUCAAGAGUAAGUUAGGGUUUACUAUGCAUCAGAGAAUUCAUACUGGAGAAAAACCUUAUGAAUGUAGUGGAUGUGGAAAGACCUUCAGGAAUAAGUCAGAGCUUGCUGUGUAUCAGAGAAUUCAUAUUGGAGAGAAACCUUAUGAAUGAAAGAAAAAACCCUACUUCU